AUGGGUCUGGGCAGUUACUUCAAGGCUAGCAAGCCCGAGGAGGCCCCUCCAUCGAGCGAUCCUCCAAGGCCGCAGAGGAAGCAACAGCCGUUGAUGUCUGAGAAACUACCGGCGCCCGCGAUUCCCGCUGGCACCGAGAUGGAUCUCCAACCACCCACCCCAAGGCUUCAAUCUCGUCCACACUCUCUCUCGGCUCAGUCAGUUCGCUCUGGUAGAAGCUCAGUGUUCAUGGACGAUAUCAAGCACGAGGUCAUGGUUAACUACCUCUAUCAACAGCAAUGUUCACAGCUCUGGGUGAGUGACGGCUCCGGUGAGAUUGAGGGCGUUCUUUUACGAAAGACAAGAGGCCAUUACAUGGCAUGUCCUCCGCAGCUGGCAGGAACUCCAUUCGCCAUGGCCUGCGCUGCCCUUAACGUUCAGUGCGCCAUGACAGUGAACUCUCGUGUCAUCAGAACGUUUCUACAAUUCUCUCCCGAGGCUGUAGAUGUCCCUUUGAUGAACGGCUUGCGAGUCCAAAUCCUUCCCACCAUUGAAGAUCUUGUCCGUGCUAGAAAGCAUCAGUUCGCUGCCUUCGUUGCGUCAGAGGGGCUUCUGGUCGUCUGGGAUGAUGAUGCAUUACAUCUUGUCCCUCGAGCUAAGGCCAUUGAGUCAGAACUCAUGGAAUUGGUUUGGAAAUCCGGCGACAUCGAGGAGGAAUCGGAUGAGAAGAACGGGGGUGUUGAGACAGAGGCUGUCGAGAUUGAUGAAGAGAGUGGCGAGAUCAAACCAGAUCAACGACCCAUUCACCUGCAAAACAGUAUCCUCGUUGCCAUCACCCUGGCUCUAGUCAUUACUGCUCUGGGUGCCGCUUGGAGACAGCUUGCAAUCGAGGUUUCGAUCGACAAUGAUUUCACUCGCUUGGGUCUCGUUGCACUCUUCCCAGUACAAGUCUUCUUCACCUUGUUCUUCGCCCAAGUCAUCGUCGGUUGCCUGGCUCAGAUCUUUGGCCCCAUUCGCCAACUGACGAUCAACUCAAAGUUCUAUUCGGCUCGCCCACCACGUCGGUUGCAAAGCGACGUUCUGCCCCACGUCACCAUUCAGUGCCCCGUAUACAAGGAGGGUCUCCAGGGAGUCAUCAUCCCAACCGUGAAAUCAAUCAAGCAGGCCAUUUCCACUUAUGAACUUCAGGGGGGCUCCGCCAACAUGUUCAUCAAUGAUGACGGUCUCCAGUUGAUUUCGGAGGAGGAACGCCGGGCUCGUAUUGAUUUCUAUGCAGAUAAUAGCAUCGGUUGGGUGGCUCGACCCAAGCAUGGCGAGAACGGGUUCCAACGCAAAGGGAAGUUCAAGAAGGCCUCGAACAUGAACUUCGCCCUUAUGGUCUCCUGCAAGGUUGAGGAAAAGCUACAAGCCAUCAACAGAAACCCAGAGUGGAAUCAGUAUGAUGAAGCCCAAGCAUACGAAACAGCCCUGAAAGAGGUCCUCGAAGAAGAUGGUCGCGCCUGGGCUGAUGGCAACGUACGCGUCGGUGAUUAUAUUCUGCUUAUCGACUCCGAUACCAGAGUGCCCGCCGACUGCUUGCUCGACGCUGUCUCAGAGAUGGAGCAAGCUCCCGAUGUCGGUAUCAUGCAGUUCUCUUCUGGCGUUAUGCAGGUGGUGCACACCUAUUUUGAGAACGGAAUCACCUUCUUCACGAAUCUCAUUUAUACCGCCAUCCGUUACACCGUCUCCAACGGCGAUGUUGCUCCAUUUGUCGGCCAUAACGCUAUUCUUCGCUGGUCAGCCAUCCAACAAGUGUCGUACCAGGAUGAAGAUGGCUAUGAUAAGUUCUGGUCAGAGAGCCAUGUGUCAGAAGAUUUCGACAUGUCGUUGCGCCUCCAGUGCAGUGGGUACAUCAUCCGACUGGCAGCCUGGGCUGGCGAGGGUUUCAAAGAAGGAGUGUCGCUGACAGUUUAUGACGAGUUGGCAAGAUGGGAGAAGUAUGCUUAUGGAUGCAAUGAGCUGCUCUUCCACCCGAUUCGCACCUGGCUUUGGCGUGGUCCCUUCACCCCUCUCUUCCGCCGUUUCCUCUUCUCCAACAUUCGUUUCACCUCCAAGAUCACCAUCAUCUCGUACAUCGGAACAUAUUAUGCCAUCGGCGCCGCGUGGAUCAUGACAGCAGCCAACUACUUCCUCAUGGGGUGGUUUAAUGGACAUCUCGAUAAAUAUUAUAUCGAUUCGUGGCAGGUUUGGUUCUCGAUCAUCAUCGUCUUUAAUGGCUUGGGCAAUGUCGCACUAGCCAUUAUGCGAUAUCGGAUUGGCGAGCGCAACAUCCUGUAUUCGUUGUUCGAGAACUUCAAGUGGACAUUCAUGCUGGCAAUCUUCCUGGGCGGUCUCUCGCUGCAUGUCAGCCAGGCCUUGUUGUCGCAUAUGUUCGAAAUUAACAUGACUUGGGGCGCAACAAGCAAAGAAGCCGAAUUUUCUAAUUUCUUCAUUGAGAUUCCAAAAGUACUGAAGAAGUUCAAAUUCUCCAUGAUCUUUGCCCUUAUCUUUGUUGUCGGCAUGGUGAUUCUUGCGGUUGCACCUUUUGUCCCUCACGAUUGGCGCAUCACCGACUUUGUCGCCAUUUUGCCAAUGGCGACGGUGGCAGCGAGCCACUUCCUGCUGCCCAUCGCGCUAAACCCAGCACUGAUGACCUUCUCAUGGUAA